UGGUACAACGCAACAAGUCAAGCUUUCGUUGCAGCAUGGAUUACGUUAGUUUAGGCUGUUGCUCGCUGGCCUUCGUGCUGUACAUCAACACGCUGAACGCGGGAUUCGUCUACGAUGACAGGCGGGCGAUCCUCGGCAAUCCGGAUGUGCUCGGCUCGGGCAGCUGGUCGCAGAUGCUGCAGAACGACUUCUGGGGCACACCGCUGACGGACUCGGGCUCGCACGGCUCCUACCGUCCGCUGUGCGUGGCCAGCUUCAAGCUGAACUACCUGCUGGACGGCUUCAAGCCGUUCGGGUACCACCUGGUCAACGUGCUGCUGCACUCGCUGGCGACGGGGCUGGUGGUGAAGCUGGCCCGCCACAUCCUGCCGGCGGCCCGGUCGGGCGCGGCCGUCGCCGGCCUCCUCUUCGCCGCCCACCCCAUCCACACGGAGGCCGUGGCGGGCGUGGUCGGGCGGGCCGAUCUGACCGGCUGCAUCUUCUACCUGCUGACGCUGCUCGCCUACAUACGGCACGUCCGGUGGCGGCAGUGGGGCGACGGGCGGCAGUGGCUCGCCCUGGUCGCCACCCUGCUCCUCGCCGCGGCCGCCGUCCUCUGCAAGGAAACGGCCGUGACAGCUUUAGUGGUGUGCGCGAUUUAUGACAUCAUAAAGGGAUACGCCGGAUCCAGAGAUAAGCACCGUGCCCGCAGCAUCGGCGUUCUGGCGCUCGCGUUGGCCGUAAUUGUGCACUGCCGCCUCACGCUUCCCCGGCCCGCGACGCUCUUCUCCAGCGCGGACAACCCGACGGCCAAGAGUGGCUCCCUGUGGACCCGCUUCCUCACCUUCACCUACCUGCCGGUGGUCAACUUCCGGCUCCUGCUGCUGCCGGACGUGCUGAGCUUCGACUGGGGCAUGGACGCGAUCCCGCGCAUCAGCACCAUCUUCGACCGCAAGGUGGCGCUGGCCGGUUGUUUCUACGCCCUGCUCGGUUACGCCCUGUGGGCCAGUGGCCGUGCGUUGCGGCAACAAUCCCGGGCCAGCGCGUCGAGCGGUGGUGGUGGUGGUGUUGGGAAAGGCAGUGGGACGUUGCUCACCAGCACGAGCAGCUUCAAUCGGAAGCUGGCCAGCAAACUCACCCUGCACCGACUGCGAGCGGAGGGCCCGGCGGUGCUGGCGACGGGCGAGCCGGACGGGGCGGCCUGUGCGCUCUGCAAGCACGACAUCGGGCUGCGGCACACCGUGCCCUGCCGGACGCUGCACAACAACAACGCCCUGUCGUCCAUCAUCUGCGGGUGUGCGUACGCGCCGGCAUGCAAAUAUUUAUCACUCUCGCCUUCGACACUGUCCAAUUAUUUCUGGCGCCCGGUCCCGGGUGGCGCGGCAGCAGGAGGGGCCACCGGUACCGGUACCAGUUCCUGCAAAGGCGGCAGCAACAAUAACAACGACAGUGCCAGCAUCAACUUCAACCAGGGCUUCCCGGGAACGAUGACGAAGAAGUUCGCCUGUCACUGGCCGCUCGCCGGCACUCCCCCGGGCGGCCAGGACAAGCAGCCGCCCCCGGACCCGUUCCCAUUUUCGUUGCUUCCCGACCCGUCCCUCUCCAUGUCCUCGUCCUGCUCAUCCACCUCCUCGUCGUCCUCCUCUUCCUCCUCCUCCUCCUCCUCGUCGACCUCCAGCUCUUGCGCCUCGUCGGUGCGAGGCGACAGUCCGGACGCUUCCACGGAUGAAAAUCUCUCACGCGGGACGCCGGAAAACUCGCCGUCGGCCGCCCUGCUGAUGUCGGUCGCGCUGCUGACGCUGCCCUUUCUUCCCGCCAGCAAUCUGCUGUUCUACGUGGGCUUCGUCGUGGCCGAGCGGAUCCUGUACCUGCCGAGCGUCGGCUUCUGCCUGCUGGUCGGGCUCGGCGUGAGCGGUCUGAUCGAUGGCCGUAUCGGGCCGCACCCGAGCCCCCGGCCCUCCUCGGGCUCCUCUGGCGGUGGCAAACAACAUUCGAUCCAUCGGAACCACGUCCGCCGGAACGCGUCCGGCGGCGGAGGUUCGUUGCGGAAGUGGUGGGCUACCGUGGUGCACGGUGUGGCGCGGGGUGUGUGCGUUGGUGAUUGUGGUGAGUGUGCCACUCGGGGCAGUGAAGUGGUUAGUGUCCACGAUAAUGCCGCCAGCGGCAAUCGUAUCAUCGUCAGUGAUAACGGUGCUAACGGUGCUUCCGGUGGUCGGUUUAGCAAACAUCGCCACCACAGAAUCGUCAGCACGGGCGGUAGUGAGGGUGGUGGUGCUUCGGGAAAAACACGCCCGACGGUGGCCGGCCGCGGUGGUCAGCGUAAUCGGAGCGCCAAAGCCGCCAACCGUCGGCGGCAGCUUGUGCUGGUGUGCGUCGGAAUUCUGCUGGUGGCGUUCAGUGCGAAAACGGUGCACCGCAAUCGUGACUGGGCGGACGAGGAAAGCCUUUUCCGCAGCGCGAUUGCCGUCAAUCCGCCGAAAGCCCUCGGAAAUUUAGGAAGUGUCCUUAGUGCGCAGGGCCGCUAUCAGGAAGCCAAGGAGGCCCUGAAGGCAGCACUCAGCCAUCGCCCCAACAUGGCGGAUGUACAUUAUAAUCUAGGAAUUUUGCUACAAAACCAGCAAGAUUACAACGAGGCUGUGGAGAGCUUUCGCAAAGCGAUACGCUUUCGUCCAUCGCUGGCACUCGCCUAUCUGAACCUAGGGACCUCACUGAUAGCGCUGGGUCGGUGCCAGGAAGCGGCCAGCGUGCUGCGGGAAGGCUCGAAGCUGGACGGCACCGGGCUUCGGGACCGGGCAGCCCACGAGAACGCCCGCAUCGGUGCACUGCUGCAGCUCGGCAAUCUGUAUGCCGAUCAGGGAAAGCUGCAACGUGCCCUCGCGGUCUACCGGGAGGCGCUGCACACACUGCCGGAACGAUAUCCGCCCCAGGGUAUCUACCAUCGACUGGGUGACGUCUUCGCCCGACUCAACCAGUGGACCGAAGCGGAACGGUUUCAACGGGCGGCCCUCGAGGCCCAGCCGGAUCACAUAGCGGCCCACCUGUCGUACGGCACGAUGCUGGCGCGAAAUGGCAGCAGAACCUCCGAAGCGGAGCAGUGGUUCCGGAGGGCCCUCCGGUUGGCACCGGACGACGCCAGCGUACACCAUCAUUACGCUGAGUUCCUGUCAGCCCAGCGCCGGCCGGAGGAAGCGUUCCAGUAUCGGGUGCGGGCGGCCGAGCUGGCCCCGGAGGAUUACGCCCUGGUGGUGGCGGCAGCCUCAAGCCUCCGGUUGCACGACCGCAAGCUCGAAGCAGAACGAUGGUAUCGUCAGGCUGUGAAAUUGCGGCCACAGGAAGCCCGAGCUCACACCAACCUCGGUGCGAUCCUGCACCUCUUGGGACGGUCACAGGAAGCGGCCAGCAGCUACCGGGAGGCACUACGGCUGCAGCCGGACGAUCUGACCACCCUCUCCAAUCUGGCCAAGCUGGGCGUACCGGCGAUAUCCUGA